ACUUAAAAUAACUUUAUAAACUAUACGUAGGACGCGUUUUGAGCUUUUUCAUAAUAAUUCACCUUUCUGAAUUUAAAUUAUAUAAUUUUAUUUGAAUUAUAAUUAGAAACAAAAACAUCUUUGUUUCUGUGUUUGAGAAGUUGACAAAUAAAAAUAUUAUUUGCAAGUCCUCCGGGGUUUGUUACAUCGCAAUAUUGGAAAUAUUUCUGUUUUAAACCAUGAAGGCUGACAUAGUAUGUGCCGUCUGUUUUUAUAUUGUUUGUCAACACACAUAGAGUAAGUUACUAUGUAUCUGGAUCAACUAGUCGAGAAGACAAAUAUAAAUAUUUAUACAAAACCAUGCUGAAAAUAAGUCAAUAAUGUUUGCUGAUGCUAACUGUCUAACUAACAAGCUUCCUUGUGCUAUAUUGAGGUACUUUUUAAAAAAUAAAGUCCAAAUAUUUUUAUCAACCACCUAGAUAGAUUACAUCUGAGGGGAAAAGAAAGUAUGUGACGUUCAGAACAUGAGUGCUGAUGCGCUGGGUGCUGAAGCUGAUGGCUUCUUUGACAUGCUGGAGGAGAGGAGGCGGAGCAGUGAUUUAAGUUACGCCUUCCGGUCCUUUAACCCUCUGCCAUACCGCGGGGCCACGGACAUUUCAGCUAGCACUCUCAACAGGAUGGUGCUCGAAUCACAGUACCUGAGCUACGUCAUACAGGAGAUCAUGCUUGAGAGUGACGAACCGCGUGAGAUGCUUCUAGAGGAGGCUUCUGCGCUGCUGGACGAGAUGAGUCAAAACCUUCAGUUGGGAUUCAUUCGUCUGCUGGGCUACGCAAUGAACAAAGUUUUUAAGAGCGUCUUCAGCUCGAUACACGUCAAUGAGGAUGGACUCACACGGCUCCAGCAAGCCAUUCAGGAGUAUCCCGUCAUCCUGUUGCCUAAUCACAGGAGCUACAUGGACUUCCUUGUUCUGUCUUACAUCAUGUUCACCUAUGACCUCUCUAUCCCCGUCAUUGCAGCUGGAAUUCCUCUGAUGGGGAUGAAGCUGAUUGGUGAGAUCUUUCGGCGGUCAGGAGCGUUCUUUAUCCGUCGUGCCAUUGGCUCAGACAAGCUGUACUGGGCGGUGCUGUCUGAGUACGUCAGAACCAUUGUGCGGACAGGUUAUGCUCCAUUAGAGUUUUAUAUUGAAGGAUUACGGAGCAGAACGCUGAAAUCUCUCACACCAAAACUAGGAAUGUUGCACAUGGUGCUAGAGCCUUUUUUUAAAGGAGAGGUGUUUGACAUCAGUCUGGUGCCCAUCAGCAUCAGUUACGAGCGCGUGUUGGAGGAGUCGCUCCUCGCUCAUGAGCUGCUGGGUGUGCCUAAACCAAAAGAGACCACAGGGGCUUUGCUGAAGGCCAGGACUGUGCUGAAGGAGAAUUAUGGCUGCAUGCAUGUGUUCUUUGGCAACCCUGUGUCAGUAAGAGACCUGGUGAAGGGAAAAAUAAACCACAGACAGUAUAAUCUGGUGCCCAGAGACCUGCCUAUGAAGCCCAGUAAGGAGAUGCAGGAGUUUGUAUCUGGUCUAGCCCACACGAUCAUCCGUUUGCAAGAGAGAAAUGUGGUACUGAGCGCCUGGAACCUGAUGGCUGUGGUUCUCCUUCAGAACCUCCAGGGCAUUGAUUUGGACCUGCUGACCCAGAAAACCCUGUGGCUGAGGAGACUUGCCCAGCGGUUUGGAGCUCAUCUCAGAUGGCCCGAGAAUGUUUCGGAUUCUGAGGUGAUGUCAUCGAGCGUGAGCCUGCAUCACUCAGUUGUACGCUGUGAGGGGGGGCGUGUCUAUUUAGUGGAGGAGGAAGGGCCAGGACCUGUCACUCAGGAGGAGGGCGUGUUCAAACAAGCUGCUGCGGUGCUCAUGUGCGCCUCCUACAGGAAUCAAGCAGUACAUGUAUUCACAAGACCAGCUAUGGUGGCUGUUGCUAUGACAACAGCUGCAAGCCAUAGGACAGACGACAUCUUUCAUAAUUUUACGUUCCUGCUGGAGCUCUUUUCCAAUGAGUUUGUUGUAAUUCCUGGUCAAGCUGUUCAGGACUUUGAGGAGGGCUGUUCUUUGCUACAGGAGUCUGGUGUAAUCGGCCGCUCUGAUGAAGAGAUCUAUGUGAAAGACAAUGGCCAAGAAACCAUCAUCUUCCUCAGAGCGAUUCUGCAGCCCUUCAUUGAGAGCUAUCAGGUGGUGUUUAGGUACCUGUGUGAAGAGAGUUCGCAGACAUUGAGUGAGAAGAUGUUUUCAACCAACAUCCGCAGUUUCAUCAUGAAGCUCCUUAUUUCAGGUGAAGUUCAGUCGUAUGAGUGUUUAUCAUCUGACCUGCAUAAGAAUGUUCUCUCAGCUUUGCUCAGGAUGGAUGCCGUGACCAAAACUAAAGUUGAUGACCAGAAUGAGUUUAGCGUGAAUAAACCUGCAGUGAAGAAAAUAUGGGACAUGCUGAGUCAUGGAUGGACUCCUCAGAUCAGUGUAGACGCCAGACUGUGAUGAGAAGAAUCAGACAACAGCAACUCUCGAUUCUUUUAUUGUAAAAUUGCUAAUAUGUGUAAGUUCUGUAUGAGUUUUUAGUGUCAAACACAGAACAAACCUGCUGCUCUAAAUGUGAAAAAUCAUUUAUUUUCAACUGUUAUUGCAGUAUAUAUGUUUAUGUUUAAUGAAAUAAUUUUCUAAUUGUGUAAUUGUUAACAAAAAAAUAUAUUUUUGUAUGAUAUUGUAAUAUCUUGAUUACUGCUGUAUGUAAAGAAACAUGAAAUAAUAGUUUUACAAAAUGUGAACAGAAAGCCUUCAGCCAUAAACCAUAUAAACACCGAUAUGUUAAGAUAAGUGUACAUUAACAAAUAAAAAAUAAAAGUGUCAAAAAGAUACUUUA